AUGGCAGCCGCCGGGCCGGGCCGGGCUAUGGCAGCGGCCGCGCGCUGCUGGGGCCGGGCCUCGCCGCGUCCUCCGCGGCCGCUGGUCGUGAUCCUUGGAGCUACCGGCACCGGCAAAUCGGCGCUGGCGCUGCAGCUCGGGCAGCGCCUCGGCGGGGAGAUCGUCAGCGCAGACUCCAUGCAGGUGUACAAGGGCUUGGACAUCAUCACCAACAAGGUGUCUCCCCAGGAGCAGCGUCUGUGCAGGCACCACAUGAUCAGCUUCGUGGAUCCCCUUGUCUCCAACUACACCGUGGUGGAUUUCAGAGACAAAGCUGUGGCUCUGAUUGAAGAUAUCUUUGCCCGAGACAAGAUCCCAAUUGUUGUGGGAGGAACCAACUACUACAUUGAGUCCUUGCUCUGGAAGGUCCUUAUCAACACCAAGGAGAAGGCCACCACGGCCCCCGGGCCAGUCCCGGACAGGAAGGCGGAGCUGGAGCAGCUGGAUGGUGUGGAGCUGCAUCGCCGCCUCAGCCAGGUGGACCCAGAGAUGGCAGCCAGGCUGCACCCUCACGACAGGCGCAAGCUGGCCAGGAGCCUCCAAGUGUUUGAAGAGACUGGGAUCCCUCAUAGUGAAAUCUUGCACCAGCAGCAGGCAGAGGAAGGUGGGGGGCCCUUAGGUGGGCCCCUGCAGUACCCACAUUGCUGCAUCUUGUGGCUGCAUGCAGACCAGGCAGCUCUGGACCAGCGUCUGGAGCAGCGAGUGGACGAGAUGGUGGCUGCAGGGCUGCUGCAGGAGCUGCAGGACUUCCACCGGCGCUACAACCGCGAGAAGGUGGCUGAGCAGCGGCAGGAUUACCAGCAUGGCAUCUUCCAGUCCAUUGGCUUCAAGGAGUUCCAUGAGUACCUUGUCAGUGAGGGGAGCUGCUCACCUGAGACCAGUGCCCUGCUGCUGCAGAAAGGGAUCCAGGCCCUCAAGCAGGUGACCAAGAGGUAUGCUCGGAGGCAGAACAAAUGGGUCCGGAACCGCUUCCUGAAGCGACCUGGCCCCAAUGUGCCCCCAGUCUAUGGCCUGGAGGUGUCUGAUCACUCGAGGUGGGAGGAGGAUGUGCUGAAACCUGCUCUGGAGAUUGUGGAGAGCUUCAUCCAGGGACGUGAGCCCCCAGCAGAGCCUGUGAGGAUGGAGUGGGAUGUGGAGGAGAACAAACGGAGUCACCACGUCUGUGAGCUCUGCAACAGGCUCAUCAUUGGGGACAGGGAGUGGGCAGCUCACACACGAUCCAAGUCCCACCUGCACCAUCUGAAGAAGAAGAGGAAGCUGGAGGCCACCAACCUUGCUGCAGAGACUAAAGGGGAGGAGGUGGAAACCUCUGGGGAGGACAGCAGCUUGCCUCUGCCCUAGG